AAUUCGGUCCACAUUAGGUCGAGCUCGCAAGUGGUGGUCUACGUUGAUAGCUGAAGUGCAGUACUUUUGGUCUGAUGACGGAACAGGUAGUAACUGUUUCUGGUGGCAUGAUGUCUUGUUGCUUCUCGUAGGAAUGCGAAGUGACUUCACAUCGAAAUGGAGCGCGGAGUGCCUCGUUCGUUAUUUUACAAAUUGCUUGUUCUUUUGUCAAAUCACCAUCAUUCUAUUGCAAAUGAUCGACACAUUGGAAAAUCAAAGCGACAAUGUGUAUGCAGUGGUUAUCGGGAUCACGAAAUCCUCAGCGUUCCUCGUCUCAACCCUGAAACUGUUACUGAUAAGAUUCUACCGGAAUCCAAUCGAGGAUCUUAGGCAUUACAUCACCAAUGGCAACGUUACCUCUGGAGACAAAGGCCACGAUAAGCUAGAACUAAGGAAGUUCAACGAAAAGUCUCGAAUCCUUAUCUUUUGUAUCUUCGGCCUCACCGUCAUCGAUACCGUUUUCCUUUCCAUACCGAACUCUACAACGGAUGUGGCUUUAAGAGUGCCAACCAACCCAGAAUCUAAGCCCCAUAUCAGUUUAGCAUUUCGAUUCUUUUUCAUAAGUCUUUUGCCGUUGGGCUUCGUGCCGAAAUUUUUCUGCUGUAUGGCAACCAUUGGAACUCUGCUGAUGGGAAUGCGAACCAAUUUUACAAUGCUGGCCCAUCGCUACCGCUCGAUCCUGAAGCAACCGUUCGUGAUCGAUGGGACUGACUGGAGGAGGAUGGAUCGCGAAUUGAAAGAAACACUAGCUCAUCAUGUGCAGUUUUGGCGACAUCUAAAAAUACUGAAAAAUUUGGUCGGGAGAAGCUUCUUUCUGGUCCAUAUCUUUUCAGUCCUCAGCAUAGGUGCGCUGUGCUAUGUCUGUCAAGGCGUUGGAGUAGACUUUUUGUCCUUGGUCAUCAUUGCAACAAUGGCAAUGUUUAUGCUGGAAUACUAUUUGUUUUGUUACUUCGUAGAUUCGCUCCAAGAUGUCGCGGACUGUCUCGGCGAUCAGAUUUUUGAGGUUUGUGCCCUUAUGCCCUACAGCAAAACGAAUCAUUCGCAGUACCAAGGAUUCAAGACCGCUUUGAUAAUAGCAUGGAUUAAUACCCGCCAUGGACUGUCCAUGAACUGCGUAGGGCUAUUUGACAUUUCGACAUUCGCCUUUCUCCACUUAUUGAACAUUGCCUACACAGUGCUAACAUUUUUGAUACAAAUGAGUAAGCUUCAAACCAGUGAUUGAACAACACUUUAAAGGCAUUCGAACAACUAUUGAGAUAUUUUGUGUUCAUGUUUCUAUGUAAACGUUGACUUUAAUCACGAUCGCUCUUAGACAAAUCGUUUUUGAUAACAGCUUGAAUUGGUGUUUAAGUAUGAAAAAAAAACUAUAAUUAGCACAUUACCGUAUAUAUGCACACACAAGUGCACACAUCAUUUAGGUGUUGA